CAUGACAUAAAUACAGGGGAUAGAUAGAAAUCCAGUUGUAGAGUCUUGCGUGUUUCACUUGCGUUAGCUUGUGGUUUUGUAAAGGAGAACUUUUCUAUUCAUGUGUUGUUUUAAAAACGAAUUAAAUGCAGAUAUGUGCUGUAAAUGUUAAGUAGAAGUUUUACAUCUGCUAAAGUUAAUUGCUUGUAAUUUUCGGUAAACACCCUCGUGACUUUUGUAUUGGUGAUUGACAGCUGUCAAACUGCACUACGGUGUGAUGAGAGUAAAUAGAGACAAACAGGAAAAUCAGAUAGGGUAUGUAACGUUAAGCACUUGCGUUUUAAGAGAUGUUAUCAAGUUCAGGCAUCAUCAGAGUACAACAACCAUAUUCUUGAUUCAGACAGUUAUUAUGGAACAUAUUUUGAUAAUUUUGAUUUUAUAAACACAUUUUGUUUUGUAGAUGUUCAUGCACUUAGUCAAAAAGACAAAAUAAUACAGUAGGCCUAUUGCAUUCCAGUAAAGUUAACUAUUAGUUGUUUGAGUACAGGGAGCUUUGCUGGAUGUCUUAUUAUAAAUAUAUACAUAUGAUAAAUAUAUACAUUUAUGCAAUGCUUUAACCAAAGUGACAUACAGUGCUUUUCAGACUUAAGUAAUAAGGUUUGCUAUAAUAUUAUUAGAUGUGCAUUGCAAUAAAAGAACACUCAGAUAUUAACUGUUUUGCAACACACCUAUUAUUUUAUUAAAGUCAUGUUUCUAUUAUCUAAAUUAACUAACUUUCAAUCAAGAAAGUUUUCCCCAGAUUUUCUCAUGCUUUUCGAACAAAGCCAGUACGUUAUGGCAGAUUUGUCACUGUGUGUUUUUAUAACCGGUUUGAUCUGUGUGAGAGAUGGAGGUCAUUUAGAUUUGCAAUCAGCAGUUCACCAGCAUUGUUUUACACUCGGUCAUAACGGCGCCUCUUUCAUUUGGUUUUCUCUGGAUUUAUGUGAGCUCUACUGUCGUGUGCGGUAAGGCUCCGGAUUCGAUGAAGAAAAACACCGUCUGGGUUGUAAAGAACUCAGUGUGACCUUGGGGUUUGGCAGUAGAUCUGAGUGAAGGGUUGCAGGGUUUUAGACUUCAUGUUGUGUCAUACAGACCAUAUUACUGCCUUUGUGCCUUGUUUUGUUGCCUUUGGAGCUGGACAUUAGCCUACCAUGUUUAGUGUAAGUCCCAAAUCAGAUCAGUUGGUGGCCAUCUUGGUAGCUCUCAAGGGCUGAUAUUUUUUGUAGAUCUACUGUGCUACUCUUGGCCCCUCUCCUGGCAGAGACUGACCCGUCCCUCCUGGCCUCCUCCAGACCGCCAGGCUUCACCGGGGUCGAUGGGCUCCACACUCGCUUCCACUGGAUGGCAGAUCAUGUACCCGCUUUUAGGGUCCCUGGGGGCCACAUUCGUGUUCUCCAUUCACCUGAUGAGUUUUAUCAGGCUAUGAAGGCUCGAAUCAAGACAGCCAAGAGUCGUGUGGUCAUGGCUUCCCUCUACCUUGGCACAGGACCUCUGGAGCAAGAUCUUGUUGAUUGUAUGGAAGAGGCAUUAGAGCGAUCGCAAGCAAAAGAUGCACCUGAUCUCAAAGUGGAUUUUCUGCUAGAUUAUACUAGAGGAUCAAGAGGUAAACACAAUUCCCGCACAAUGUUGUUGCCGCUUCUCCAGCGAUUCCCUGAACAGAUGAGAGUGUCCCUCUAUCACACACCUGACCUGCGGGGUCUUCUGCGACUUCUGGUGCCCGAGCGUUUCAACGAGACCAUCGGGGUACAGCACAUCAAAGCUUACCUUUUCGACAAUAGUCUCAUCAUCAGUGGGGCCAAUCUGAGCGAAUCCUACUUUACAAACCGCCAGGACCGGUAUGUGCUUCUGGAGGAUUGCGAAGAGGUGGCUGAUUUCUUUGCUGAUCUUGUGGGAGCUGUUGGUGAUGUAUCUCUGCAGCUUCGACCCGACGACAGUGUGGACAUGAUGGAGGGGAUGGUGCAUCCCUACAAAGGUAAUCGGGCAGAUUUCUCCACAUCAGCACAGAGACGGAUCAUGGAGGUGGUCGGCGCUGCCCGUGUCCGGCAGAACAUGCUAGAGUGCACGGAUGCUCCGGACUCUGAUGUCACCGUGCCAAAUGACACCUGGAUCUUUCCUCUCGUGCAAAUGAAGCCUCUGGGAAUUCACCUGGAUGAGCAAGUAACAAAACGACUACUCACAGAGGCAGGUGAUGACUGUGUGGUCUACCUGACGUCGGGUUACUUUAACCUAACAAAGACAUACAUGCAGCUGGUGCUGGGUGCUGAUGCAGACUACCGCAUCCUUAUGGCUUCACCGGAGGUUAAUGGGUUUUUCGGGGCCAAAGGAGUGGCAGGUGCAAUUCCUGAGGCCUAUGUUCACAUUGCACGACAGUUCUACAACAAGGUGUGUCAACUUGGUCAGGAGCGGCGCAUCCACUUACAUGAAUACUAUCGUGAUGAUUGGACCUUUCAUGCUAAAGGACUGUGGUACUAUGUCAGAGGAAUAAACUGCCCCUGCCUCACUCUUAUUGGCUCUCCAAAUUUCGGAUAUCGGUCUGUGCACAGAGAUCUGGAGGCUCAGAUUGCCAUAGUUACAGAAAAUGAGGAACUUCAGGUCCAACUGCAACAGGAACAGGAGAUGUUAUAUAAAAGCUCUACUGAAGUUUCAAACUCAACUUUUAAUCAGCCUGAUCGAUAUGUGAAGUUAUGGGUUAAACUGGUUACUCCAUUCAUCAAGAACUUCUUCUGAGAAACAGCAGGCUUGUGACGACACAUCUCAUCUCACGAAAAAGGUCGAAGGUCCAGAUGAAGGUGGGCUUACGCAUGUGUGCUUUACACACAAGCAUUUGAGAAUAUUUGUGGCAUGAGGAUGGCUUUUGUAAAAGAUGUCUGGCCCUGCAGCUCAUUGAGUCUCUGAGUCAUUGAUAACCAGCGACUGCUCAACGUUUUUGCUGUAUGGUGUUAUUUACAAAAACAACAUUUAUCUUUUAAUAACCUCUGUUCACUGUUACAAAGAAAAAUGCAUGUAAAACCACCAGUAUCAUACAUGAGGAGCCGCAGCGUGAAAAAUUUUGAUGCGUUUACAAGCAGUAUGGCACAUAUGAACUUCCCCCAUUGGUUUGAUGUGCAGUGCAUCUACUGUAGAAGUGAUCAUAACAUUUCCUAAACUUAGUUUUAGUUCAUUUAAAUGUUAUUGUUUUGUCUUGUCAUUGUUAUAAUUCCAAAUCUGUUAUACCAAAACACAAAUCGUACCUUGCUUUAUCUUUUGUAGGAAAUAUAGCAGAGGUUGCUUACAGAAAGAAUAAAGUUCUCAGGGGUCUUUGAAAUGCAGUCACGCACAUUUCAGUAGCUUAGUUACUUUAUCUUUAUUUAAAAUGACAUAUUUAGAAAUAGUUUUUUUUUACAUAUAGUUUAAUGUUUAGUUAGGGUUAUGCCAUCACAUGGACUGCCUUAACACUUACUUUACUUACAGUAUAAAGCUUGGCUAGUACUGCAACAGAGAUUUGAAAAGAAAGCUGCAGACCUGACCAGGCUUCAAUAUUUAUUAUUACUGGACUGCUUGGAUAAAACUGUUGAACAAAAUACAUGCAAAGUAUUUGAGAUCUUCUUCAUGACUAUGUAGUUACCUGGAAUUGUUGCAGGAGUAUGGCAGUAUUAUUAUUUUAAUGUCAGUUGCAGAGCUGGUUUGCAAAAGUUGAAAAACUAUGGUUGGUUUUGUAAUAAAAAAUAAAAGCCUUAAAGCCAAGAGCUCUUAAGUCUUUUAAAAAUGGACUAAAUUUUAUUCUUGCAGUUUAUUUUGCCAAUGUUAAGAUUGUUUGUAAGAAUAUAAAGGAUAACACUGAUGUACUUGGACUUUUUUGGUUGUUGAAAUAAAUCCACUCUUUUUUUUCUAGUCAAGAACACAGUAACUAAGAAAAAUUACUUAAAUUGGUAACACUUAAAAUAUUAUAGUAUAAUAUAAGUUUUAUAAAAUAACAUUUUCUUACUUUAAAUGAAAAUUUUAAGGUAAAAAAUAAAUACAAAUGUAUAGAGUUGUUUACUUUAAUUUCUGAAAGUGAGAAAAUUCAAUUAGAACAACAACAUUUUUUAGGGGUGGCCA